AUUUUUUCUUCCUUCGCAUGCCCACAGUUCACAUCGAUUGUGUGCCAUUAACCCACCCACUCUUCUUCUUCUUCUUCAAACUACAUAUAGUAUAUACAAAUGAUCUCUCUCUGUGAUGCCGCGUUGAUCUCUUGCACCUCUUCUUUAAUCGAGUCAGUGUGCCACUGGAUCCAACCUUGCCGAGCUCCCUCCUCAUUUCACCUCGAUGAAGAACAGCAGCAGCCGCCCAACUCAAAGCUCCAUGGAGAUCCAGAUCCAUUGCCCCGCCCCUGCAACGAAGCUGCCGCGCAAGGUCUGUGCACCCGAGGAAGUCACCCUCCUGCUCAGGAUCUUAGCUCUACUGCUUCUUCUCCUCGUCGUCAUGUCCAUCGCUACCACCUCCAUGGACGACGAGCGGUUGCGGUCCUGGAGGUUCAGACCGCGCGAGGACGACGACGACUCCAUGGCUUAUCAGCCACCGGCCGACCUGAUGCACAACAUGAGCGACGGUGAGCUGUUCCAGCGUGCAAUGGACGUCAGCCAGUUGAGCCGGCACCGUCUCGGAAUGGUUCCCAAGAUCGCCUUCAUGUUCUUGACCAAGGGAGCUUUGCCGCUGUCGCCGCUCUGGGAGAAGUAUUUUGCCGGUCACAGUGGACUCUACUCCAUCUACAUACAUCCCCGUCCGUCGUAUCACGCCGACAACGCGUCGAGUUCCGUGUUCUACAGGCGGCAGAUCCCGAGUAAGGUGGUGAACUGGGGGAGUCUGUCCCUGGUGGACGCUGAGAGACGACUCCUCGCGAACGCGUUGCUCGACCUCUCGAACGAGCGAUUCGUGCUGCUGUCGGAGUCCUGCAUCCCGCUCUUCAACUUCAGCUUCACCUACCAGCACCUGAUGAGCUCCAGGUACAGCUUCGUGGACGCCUUCGACGAGCCCGGCCCGGCGGCAAGGGGGCGAUACCAGCCGAAGCUGGCGCCGGAGAUCAACGUGACGGAGUGGCGCAAGGGCGCGCAGUGGUUCGAAGCGAGCCGCCAGGUGGCCGUGAUCGUCGUCAACGAGACCCACUACUACGCCAAGUUCGACGAGCUCCGCGACGUGAUGUACCUCCAGGACGAGCACUACAUACCCACCAUCCUCACCAUUAAGGCGCCACAUCUCAUCGCCAAUCGAACGCUGACAUGGGCGUACUGGACCGGAGGACCGCAUCCGGAAACUUUCGGGAAGGAUGACGUGAGCGAUGGGUUCCUGAGGAAGAUAAACCAGGAGAAGAAUUGUUCCUACAAUGACCAGCCAUCGACAGUCUGCUACCUGUUCGCCAGGAAGUUUGCUCCCAGUGCACUGGAGCCUCUGCUGAAGCUGGCACCCACUUCUCUUGGGUUUGGGUAGAGCGAAGACAUGAUGAUGAUGAUG